ACUGUUUCCCGCCUUUUACUUAAUAAAAAAAUUAGGUGCGGCGCGUAAAUGUGCAUGCCCUGCAUGUAUAUAAUAUAUAUAAAUAUAAUAGGAACACAGUUUCCCAACCCCAGCACAACAUCAGCGAGCAUCCGGAGGCGCGCCAAAACAAGCUACAAAAAAGUGCGGAAAUCUGUCAUCGCUGCCUGCCUGCACACGUCCCCCGCCCCGCGGCGGCAGCAGCAACAACACCAACAACCAACACUCCACAUAUAAUAUACAAAAUCAAACAAAAAGCAACAAAUCCUAAGUUAAGUGUAGCAAAAAUAGUGAAAACGCAUCCGGGCACGAUGAGCAACGACGGCCAAGAGCAGGAGCUGGGCGCGGAGGUGGUCAGCGGGGCCGUCGUCACAGACGACACCCUGGAGAUCACGAAAGCCAAAUACACGAAUCUGUGCCGCGAACUCAAUAUGGACAGCCAGACGGAGGAGGAUGGCUGGUCGAUGUAUCUGGAUGUGGGACAGCGCUGCGUCAUGGAGGGAGACUCCACGAUGUGGCUCUGCUGCGCACUCUUUGCGGCCUGUCGCCGCUCGAGCACACCCACGGUGAUUGGUCAGGAUGCCAUGGUGCGCGGCAACUGCGUAUCCCUCAACAAUCUGCUGCGCUGUUGCCAGAUGAGCAUCUACGACUUCAAGACAAAGAUCAAGCAGUGGUGCGACAUGGCCAAUCUGACGAAGGAGUUUGUCAGCGAGAUCGCGGUCCUGGAUCGCAAGUUCAGCAUCACAUUCACACUGUACAAACGCUUUCGCAACAUCUUUGACAAGAUCUUUAACUGUCCGCCCAACGAGAAACGCCACUCGAAAUAUAGUUCUUUGCAUGCCAAUCAUGCCAAUGGCAAGUGCUCCUACAUCAAGCUGGAUGACAUUUGCUGGCGGCUGUUCCUGUGCGCCAAGAACCAGAAGCCGAGCACCACCGUUGACCUGGUGACGUCCUUCAACCUGAUGAUCUGCUGCAUCGAUCUGAUCUACAACAAUGUGCUUGCCGAGAGGCGCACCGAUCUCAUCAAUCCAAAAUUCGACGGACUGCCCAGCAACUGGACGGAGAUGGACUUCAGGGCCAAUCCCCACUGCAUUCUGUCCUACUUCUGCGACAUGACCGAGGAGGCCAAGGCCAUGAAGGCCACCACCUUCAGGGAGAUCAUGUCCAGCUUCUUCCAGACAAUGACCAUCUAUGGCCACGAGAGGACCAUGCUGGGCCUCCUGAGCAACGAUAACUUUGAGCGCAACCUAAAGUCGCUCAACAUCAGCUACGAGCAGUACGUGCUGAGCGUGGGCGAGUUCGACGAGCGCAUUCUGAGCGCCUACGAUGCCAGCGAUCACACCAACCUGAACGAUCAGGCCCUGCGGCCGCCGGCCACGCCGCUGACACGCAAACAGGAUCUGCCCGCCCAGCCGGCAAUGGCUGGCGAGAAGUUCGAGCCCGUCCUCAAUGCCACCAACAAUGUGAAGCAGUUGCGCGCCUUCGAUCGCAUCACCGAGCCCACAGACUACGUCAAGCAAGCUGGCGAAGAGGUGAAUGCCAAGCUGCUGAAAAUCAUCGAAGGCAUCAAGUCAAAGUUUCUCGCCCAUUAUCCGUCGGGGGAGGCGAAGAGCCGCUUCCGCCUGGCCAAGUCCUUCUACUUCUAUCUGCUGGAUCAGAUCCUGCAGGCGGAAAUCAAGAACAAGCCCGAGUUCGAUCUCAAGCGUCUGCUGGUGCAGAAGAUCUCGCUGGUAAACUUCAACAUCACGCUGAUGGCCUGCUGCGUGGAGCUGGUGCUGGAGGCCUACAAGACGGAGCUCAAGUUCCCCUGGGUGCUCAAGUGUUUCAGUAUUAGCGCCUUCGAGUUCCAGAAGAUCAUCGAGAUUGUGGUGCGGCACGGCUCGCACGAGGGCUGCCUCAACCGCUCCCUGAUCAAGCACCUCAACUCCAUCGAGGAGACCUGCCUCGAGCGCCUGGCGUGGGCGAGCGACUCCCCCGUCUGGGACAUGAUCGCCACCGCCCCCAAGCCGCUGCCCACCCACUACGACGUGAACUGUGACCGCACCGCCGGCGCCCUACAGAUCUUUCUGCGCAAGGUCUAUCUCCUCGGCUGGCUGCGCAUCCUCAAGCUCUGCUCAGAGCUCAGUGUGGUCGACAAGGCACCCGAGCGCAUCUGGCACAUCUUCGAGCACUCGAUCACGCAGAAGACAGACCUCAUGAAGGAUCGCCAUCUCGAUCAAAUAAUCAUGUGUGCAAUAUAUAUUUACAUAAGGGUUUCGAAACUGGAGGAGCCCAAAUUCAGCGACAUUAUGCGCGCGUAUCGCAAUCAACCGCAGGCGGUGAACAGCGUCUAUCGGGAGGUGCUCAUCGGGCUCAAUGACGAUGGGGAGCCAAAGGUGAAGGACAUUAUUUACUUCUACAACAACAAGUAUGUGCCGCUGAUGAAGCAGUUUGCGAUCGACUACCUGAACAUGACUCCGGACGUGACCGGCUGCAAGAUAAAGGCCGCCGAUCUACUCCUCUCGCCCCAUCCCUCGGAGCGGGCCGCCCAGCCGAAGAAGGUGACGCAGAAUCACUCGCUGUACGUGACGCAAAUGCCCAAGAACGAGAUCCAGCAGUCGCCCAAUCAGAUGGUCUACGAGUUCUAUCGCAGUCCCGCAAAGGACCUGCAACUGAUGAACGAGAAGGUGCGCGGGGGCAAGCGCAUGCUCAGCUUUGGCGAUGAGCCCGGCCUGGGACAAUCCGAGACGAAGCGCAUCAAUCUGCCGACACACCUCAGCCAGAUCAAGGCGGUGAUGGACGACCGGGAGAGCGAGCCGCGGGAGCCCAAGUAGAACUAGAAGUAGGAGUAGCAGUAGCAGUAGCAGAUGGAGUCAAACGAGACAUACAUAGAGAUAGACACGGGGUCUCUGGGGGCAGCUUAGAUUUAAGUAUAGAAGGACGAUGAAUGACGGUGAGGCAAGGCGUGGCAAGGCGCGGCGCGGCCGUUGGGACCAGAAAACAAGAGGGGGGGGCUACGGUCGAUUUUAUGAUUGUUUUUUAUUUUUUUUUAGUUUGACUUGUUAAUUUAACACACACAAAAUACCCCAAACCAAUCGUAUCGCAUUCUUUUUAGACUUUGUUCAAUAGAAAUUCGCUUAGAAGCGCCAGAAAUCCAUUUUAACUCUUCGACUUUUCGACAGUUUAUUCGAACUGAAACUGAACCGAAACAUUGCAUCUGUGGAUUUGCAUCUGAGUCAGGUAUCACAUAUGCACAGGCUGAGGAUGGGGAUGCACAACACGCACACACACAGCUGGAGCCUUUUUUCGAUCAUCGCUUAUUUUUAGCCACUAAAUUGAGAUCUUGUGUGACAUUUCACUGGCACUUAACAAAUGCAUUCAAUUAAUAUACACAUUUAUCUGCAUAUUUCUGCACCCAUCCCCACCCACUAGUGUGUGCUUUGGCCAUUUAAAAGCAUCUCUCUCUCUCUCUCUGUCUAUAUCGAGGUGGGGAUGCAUUUUAACGUGUUUAACGAGUUCGUAUGUUGUUUUUACACACCUGUUUUAGGACAAAGAAUGGCACAGUAAUUUAACAAUGAGAAGAAUCCGUUGGUUGCACUCAUAUUUCCACUCAUAUUUCAUAUUUUCGUGCAAUAAGGGAGCAGAGCCAAGGGGUAUAUGUGUAGAAAAGAUAUCCCGACCACAAAACAGACUAGACUCCAUUUAGAUCUCCAUGAUUUGCCCUGGGACUUGCUGCUCUCUGGGGCUACACAAAGAGACACACAUCAGAAAGAAGGAAGGAAUAUCGUGUGUAGAGCAGUCGCUAGUCGAGCGAUCGAUGAGCAGGCGGCGGGCGCUCUUUUCGCUCAAGGAAGGUCCCUCCCCCCACACUACAUUAUGUACGAGAGUAUACAAAAUAUAUAGAAAUAAACUUUAUAGAAAUCGA